AAAUCAAAUGAUCGGAAUCGGAUCGGGAGCAAAAAAAGGUGAUCGGGACAUCCCUAACACAACAUUUCCCGCUCUGCUCAGGUGGAAGUGGAAGGUUCUGGUCGUGGAUGAAGCUCACAGGCUGAAGAACGCAAACUCGCUGCUGCACAGAACUCUGACGCAGUUCUCUGUGGGCUUCCGGGUGCUUCUGACGGGGACUCCGAUCCAGAACAACCUGCAGGAGCUCUACUCCCUGCUGAGCUUCAUCCAGCCGGACGUCUUCAGCGCCGAGGAGACGGACGACUUCUGCAGCAAAUACGCCAACGUGCAAAACCAACCGGCUCUGGCCUCUGCGCUGCAGGGCGUGCUGGAGCCCUUCCUGCUGCGCAGAGUGAAGGCCGAGGUGGCCGUGGAUCUGCCCAAGAAGACGGAGCUGCUGGUUUAUCACGGCAUGUCGGCGCUGCAGAAGAAAUACUACAAAGCCUUUCUGAUGAAGGACCUGGGUGAGGCUGUAGUGGUAUCAGUACUGGGAGCUAAAUACUCUGAUUGA